AAAAUGUGGGAUACAGCAAAUACACACCAGUGGGUAUAUAAUGGUACAAGAGAGGGCAUAAUUGAGGAGUGUCUAAGCAUUAGAUCACAUUGUGGGGACUCCACAACUUCUCUUUGCAUGUGCUUCUUCACCAACUCUAAGCCCUUAACGUGCUUUAGGACCCCUUCAAAUGCUUAUAAAUACCCAAGAAUUUCUGACUUUGGAGUCAUGGUUGUGGGAUUUAAGCACAUUCCCAUGGCUAAGUACAAAGUUUUCAGCAUUGUUAUCUUUGUUCUCAUAGGUUUAGUCGUAUGUUCUGCGACUAGAUCCCUGUUUGGUCUUGGAGAGGGUGGCUAUGGUGCAGGCCAUGGCACUGGAGGCGGCGGUGGUGCCGGCUAUGGAGGCGGCUCUGGAGGUGGUGGUGGCAGUGGCUAUGGAGCUGUAGGCUAUGGAGGUGGCGGAGGAAGUGGAAGCGGUGGUGGUGGUGGCUAUGGUGCUGGAGGAGAACAUGGUGCUAUGUUCGGUGCAGGUGGUGGCGGAGGGAGUGGUGGCGGAGGAGGCUAUGGUUCUGGAGGGGAGCAUGGUGCUGGAUAUGGAAGUGGGGGUGGUGAAGGAGGUGGUAGUGGCUAUGCUGCUGGAGGAGAACAUGUUGGUGGAUAUGGCAGUGGUGGAGGUGGAGGAAGUGGUGGCGGUGGUGGUGUUGGUGUUGGGUAUGGCGGAGGUGGAGCCCACGGAGGUGGUUAUGGAGAAGGAGGUGGCAGUGGUGGUGGUUACGGUGCUGGAGGAGAGCACGGAGGCGGCUAUGGCGGCGGCGGUGGGAGCGGAGGCGGCGGUGGAGCAGGUUAUGGUGCGGGAGGAGCUGGAGGGAGUGGAUAUGGUAGUGGUGGGGGUGUUGGCGGUGGUGCAGGAGGAGGACAUGCAGGUGGGUAUGGCGGUGGUGGCGGUUCUGGGGGCGGAGCUGGCUAUGGUGCUGGUGGUGAACAUGGGAGCGGAUAUGGAGAAGGGAGUGGGAGCGGUGAAGGUGGUGAUCAUGGUGGCUACACCCCAUGAAAAUACCCUCUUGCUUUCUCACUCUCCAAAAAGGAUAAAUCUUUUAUCAGGAGGACGUAAUGUAUAAUAAGAUAAGAUAUAGCUUGUAAUGAAGGAGGAUGCUUAUUAAAAUUUAUGUCUGGAAUGGUUAAAAGGAUGCUGGAUGCAUCUAAGAUUUGCAUAUUUAUGCGUAUUGCUGUCCUCGAUCGGAUUUGUCAAGUAAUCAAAGACAUGUUACAUUCGGGUGAAA